AUGGCUACUGCGGUAGUUUCUGGUGAUACAAGUUCAACCAUCAAAGAAAAGCCAAAAGACGAGAUCAAGGAGUAUUAUGAUUGUAGAUAUAUUUCAGCUUGUGAGGCAUCCUGGAGAAUAUUCUCUAAUGAGGUUCAUUAUAGGUAUCCUGCUGUUAUGAGGCUUCCCUUUCAUUUUCCGGGCCAACAAAAUGUUGUGUAUGGUGCGGAUGACGAUAUUGAUAAUGUUUUAAGCAAGCCUUCUGUUGCUUCUUCAAUAUUUGUGCAAUGGAUGAAGUUGAACAAGACAAAUGAAGAUGCUAAAAAGCUGACUUAUGUUGAGUUUCCUUCCAAAUUUGUUUGGAUACUUAAAGAUAGAUGUUGGUAG